GUUUCGGAGGAUCACUUCCGCAUGCUCUGUUGGCAGAGAGGAGCAUUCAGUUCACUGUUGCUGUGUGGACGUCUCAGCGCUAUGUUUACUCUCUGCAUGUCCAAAAGUCAUGGAUAAACCAACCGAUGAACAAACAUACAGUAUUUGUCUGUCAAGUCGGCUCCACUGUGACAAAGAAAUCCGCUGUGGCUGUGGAAUAGUUUAACAGGAGAGGACAUGUUGAGAUGAGAGGCUGGUAUAUGAGGGGGACUGACAUAAACUGAUAUUAUUGACAGUGCUGUAACAAGACUCCGUUUCUAUUUGGAGCAGCUACACUUCUGACUGACAUCAACGCCUAAGUGGGUGGACCUCCAUAUUGUCAUCCUACAGAGUCUCCUGUGGUCAGCCGCUCUGAUCUGGUGUCAAAAUGGCCUCACGGCGGGGAGACAUUCCAGCACUUGAGUCUGGCAUGUCGUCCGGACUCUUUGGUGCCUUUUCAACUCCCGUUGGAAUGACUCGGCGCAAUGUCAGCUAUGACGAGCUCAUGGAUGCCACCAUGCAUUCACCACCUCCAGACUUCAGUGUGAACAUCUUAUGGAAAGACCCUGUCAUCCCACAGCACAAGUUCAGGAACACUGCAGAGGAAGGCAAGAGUGGUGGCAAGUUGCUGACUUUUGAGGCACCAUCAUCAGUCAAUUCCCCAGUGCCUGUGGUGAAAGCCAAAGCCACCUCUUUCAUGAGCUCACUUAUGAUUAAGCAGACCCAGGAGAACCUACAGAAGUUUGAGCACCGGGCAGGGCUCACUGAUGCUGGGUAUUCUCCCCACAAGGGGCUCCCUGCUGAGGAGACCUGCUUUCACCGACUAGGUGACGCCACAAUACCAAAGUUGAGAAUGCCAACCGGGGACUUCAAGGAGGACAGGUGUACAACAUCAGCACAAUCCACCCCAAGUGUCACCCCUUGUGUCACCCCCUCCGUAACACCCAGCGUCACCCCCUGUGUUACUCCCCACACAUCACCGGCUGUUAGUCGCAGGAGCUGGUUCCAGCUGAGUCCUGCGCCUUUUCUUGCCACCCCAGAGCUCAGUUGUUCCAACCCCAGCACAGACAUGGGAGGAAACGAGGGUGGAGGUGGAGGAAGUGGAGGAGGAGGAGGAGGAGGAGGAGGAGAGAGGUGGAGCUUCUUUGGAACUCGACCUGUGGUACAGAAGUCCCCCACUGAUCCAGGCUGUGAUACAAACACAGGCUUUUCAUUGCAGUCCUACUUCGGCAUGCAUAAGUCCUCUACCAUGGAUAGCACAAACACCCAGGUCAACUUCAAGAUGGACGAUCCUGCCAACUUCAUGCCCCCCAAGAUUGAAAUCCCAGGCAUUGAGGCCAAACGGGCACCCACACGGCCACACAAACUUAAACCUCGGGACAUGAAUGUUUUAACACCUUCGGGCUUCUAAAGCCAGACCUGUGUAGUAACACCUCUGUACCAUAUCUUUCCUCCGUCUGGUAGCUCAUUUGCUUUCUUGCCUUUCUCUGUCCCUUCUGCCUCCCUGCCAAUUCACUGAGGCUGAGCGGAAUGAGGAUCACCUAUAGUAUUAGCUUGUCCAGCCCCUUAGACAUCACCGCACUGUUACUCCUCCCAGCUAACCUACGCUGAUGGAUUGCCAUCUUUCAUAAGCCCACACUCUCCCCUUCAUAACUUUUCAGGCUCAUUGAUCCAAAUAAAACGCCAUAUGAAGUAACUUAAUUUGUCAUUCCCAAUGUUGGUAUUGCUUUGAAGUAUUAUUGUUAUUCUGUCAUGUAAUGGAAGCAUUGGCAUGCAUUGCUUUGCCUUCCUCUUCCCAUUGUCAAUAAUGGCAUGAGAUUGAAGUUGUUGAAAUGUCAGUCCUUUGCUCAAGCUAAUCACUUUAGCAUUGUCUCUCAUACAACUGACCAGCUAUUUCAAUCCGUAGUGCUCAGUUGCCUCCAUUUUUUGUAUUUUAUUUUAUUUUUGAAUAAGCUCGCAGAUUUGUAGUUGUAGUGCUUUUCUCUGUUCGCAUGCAGAGUAGAGUGUGGGAUGACUAAUAUUGUGCCUAAACUUGCAGCAUGUUUGCUUUAUCUAAGUACAACUUUUGUUUUUAUCAUGGAAGAACAUCUUAUUUUACCUAGUGAGAGUGUAUGACUGAUGACCUGAAGUGAUUGUUUUUAUUUUUCAUUAUCUCAACUUAAGUAUGUUAAUAUUGUUCUGCUUUAAAUCAACAUUUAUUCUAAAUAAUAGUAUGUUGGGUUUAUUACAUUUUUUAUAUUUCAUCACAAUAUUAUUUUAACAUGCGUUCAAUUUUGCAUUCAGUCACAAUACAAGAAUCCCUGCUGUUUUAUUUGAAAAAAGUUGAAUUUCAAUAACUAAUUGCACAAGGGAGAUAGUAUCCCACUUAGAUCUGUAAAUAAAUAUGAUACUAAUAAGCAAAAAA